AAAAUGGCUCUAAAUCCACCUAUCACUUAAACUGGAGUUCCAUUAAGAGUAGAUCAGGAAUUCUUUAUAUUGUAUAGAAAUGAAAUGGAAGGAGAAUUCAAGAUUGAAAACAUGGGAAAGUUCAGUGCUAAAGGCAAAGUAAGAUAACCAUUUUUAAAAGUAGGUAUAUGUAACUACAUGCAGAAUGGUUUUUGUAAGUGACAAGUUUUAAAAGGAAUCCUUCAAAUCUUUUGAUAUCCCUUUGGCAUAUUUGACUGCUGAGAAAUUUCAAUAACCAAUUUUUGGAAGUAAUUAUUUAGAAGGCAAUGUGGAUCCAUUAUAUAAUCUACUUCCUGGAAAAACUCAUUUUAAAUUAUGGUUCAAAGCAGGAGGUAGUAGUCAAUUAAUACCUUAGGUUGUGACAAGUUUUUAAAGAUACUUGUUAGUGUCUUAACACAAAUUAGAAGAUAACGAGGUUCUGGAUAACGAGUUCCUGAUGCACGUUUGAUGGAAAAUUUUGCAAGAUCUUAAAGCUAGGCCUUCAUUGAUCCCAAUGAUCCUAGUGUCAUCUACGUGCAGUAGCCUCAUUUAAAUUAAUAAUCAUAUGGAAACAUGGCCUGGGGCAUUCCGUAAAAUCCAACUUAGGUUUCUCCUAUUGGGGGACCUAAUUAUGGGAUGCCACAAUAACAAUAUCAGCCUCCCCCUAUGAAUUAGCAGUAUUAACAACCUCCUCCUCCUCCUCCUCAAGGAUAUCAAUAAUAUUAAUAGAGUCCACCAUAGAAUUACUAAAACAACCAAUAAGUUGGUAUUCCUGUCAAUUACAAUUAUGGAUAACAACAAUAGCCUUAGACAACUUACAACCAACCUUAAGUUUAAUAGCCAUAUCAAUAAAAUAUCUAACCCCCAAAUCCAUAUGUUUAAUAAAAUCCUCCCCCCGUAUACAAUUAACCAAAUCCAUAUGUUCAAUAAAAUCCCACUUACAAUUAGCCAAGCAACCCAUACACUUAACAUCCUCAACAAUAGUAAUAACAACCUCCACAAACAUUUGAGCCUUAGCCACAAUAAUAAGCUUAUUAGAAUUAGGUUCCUUAGACAUAAUAAAAUUCAAAUUAUCAAUAUCCAUAGGAUUAAAACAAUAACCAACAAGCACCUAUCUAAAAUAAUGACCAAGUACCUUAGAAUUAGCCAUAAUAAGAUUAAGUGAGAAACCAACCAAACACAGCUUAUUACUUUGGUUUUUGGGGUCCACAGUUGCAAUCAAACUAAAAUGCCAUAUUGUGAAAAAUUCAAUCAGAUACAUAUAUC